AAAAAAAAAAAAAAGGGACUCGUUUUUACGUGACAUAAAAUAACAUCUGUUAUGUAAGGUCGUUAAAUCACAAGUUGAGGAAAGAUAUGCCUUAAUGUAUUUCAUACCUGAGGCCAGCAUUAGGGAGAAUUCUCGUCCGUACGUCAUUCAGAUGAGGCAUGCUGCAAGUAUGCAGCCCAUGUAUAGAAGAGAUGCUGGAGUCUGGCACCAAACAAGAAGUCUUCUCUACAAGAAUCUACUCAUCAAAUGGAGGACCAAGCAACAGAGUCUUCAGGAAUUGAUCUUACCUCUACUACUGUUGGGUCUCCUGAUACUCAUCAGUACCCUGAAUCCUCACGUUUACUAUGGAGGCAUCAGCACUAGGGAGCUGGAGCGGGAGGAACACUUCUUCAAGGGCCUGGGCUACACACCAAUCACUAACAUCACCAACCACAUCAUGGAAGAGGUGGCCCAGGAGAUGCACAUGCAGGAUCGUUUGGAGAUGUUUGCCAGUGAGGAGGACCUGGAGAACGCCAGCCUGUAUGAGCCUUCCAGCUAUGUUGGUGUUGUCUUCAUGGACAGCUCUGCCACAUCUUACAGACUGCGCUUCCCGUACAACCAGCUGCCCCUGCCCAGUGAUUACACAGAAUCUAUUGCCAACUGUUUUACCAGCUCGGUGAACUGCAGAGCAGCUAAUUACUGGUACUCUGGCUUCAUCCGCCUCCAAUCCCUGAUCGAUGCAGCCAUCAUCCAGAUGCAGACAAAGCGGUCAGUGUGGAGUGAGAUGGACCUGAAGGUGGUAAUGAUGGGUCAGCCAGGCUCUGUGGAGGUGCAGAAAUUCCCCCACGCCCUCAUCUCCAUAUACCUGGUCCUGGCCUUCACACCCUUUGUCACCUUCCUCAUCGUCAACGUGGCAGCUGAGAAGGAACACCGUCUCAAAGACACAAUGACCAUGAUGGGACUCUAUGACACAGCCUUCUGGUUGUCAUGGGGCCUCCUGUAUGCUGCUCUGGUGACCACGAUGUCCAUCCUGAUGGCCGUCAUCGCUACGUACACAGCGCUGUUCCCUAACAGUGACUUCUUUGUAAUUUUCUUCCUCAUAUUCCUCUAUGGGAUAUCAUCUAUCUUUUUCUCCUUCAUGCUGACUCCGUUAUUUAAGAAGCCCAAGUUUGCCAGCACAGUGGGCUCCAUGCUGACAGUGGUGUUCGGCUGCCUGUCGCUUUUCACUGUUCUGAUGAAGGACUUCCCACAGCCGUUGGUAUGGCUCCUCUGCCUGCUCUCCCCCAGCGCCUUCUCAAUUGGGAUUGCACAGGUGGUUUACCUUGAGGCUCAGGGAGAUGGUGCUGUGUUUUCUUCCUUGGCCAACGGCCCACAUCCUCUUUAUGUGCCCCUGAUCAUGCUGGUUCUGGACUGCAUCCUCUACCUUAUGUUGGCUGUCUACCUCGACCAGGUUCUGCCUGGUGAGUUUGGAAUGAGGAGGUCCUUGGUGUACUUCCUCAAACCAUCUUAUUGGUCCAAACGCACAAAGCGCUAUGUUGAAGUGAGCUCAGUAUACGACACAGAGGUGAAUGGUACUCCUGGCGGGGACGAGUCUAUUGAGCCUGUUUCACCUGAGUUCAGAGGAAAAGAAGCCAUUCGCAUCAAUAACAUCCAGAAAGUGUACAAAGAUAAGGACAAUGUGGUCGAGGCUCUGAGAGGUUUGACGUUUGACAUCUAUGAGGGCCAGAUAACUGCUCUGUUGGGACACAGCGGGGCUGGAAAGUCCACUCUCAUGAACAUCCUGUGUGGAAUCUGUCCACCCACUAACGGCUCGGCCACCAUCUACGGCUCCCCUGUAGCAGAGAUUGCAGAUGGGUCAGAAAUGAAGCAGCUGGUGGGAAUCUGCCCCCAGUUCAACAUAAUCUUUGAUGUGCUGACUGUGGAGGAGCACCUGAGGAUAUUUGCCGCAAUCAAAGGGAUUCCUCCAGCAGACAUUGACGCAGAGGUUACCAAAGUGCUGAAGGAUCUGGACUUGGAAAAGAUUAUGACUGCUCAGGCCAAGAAUCUGAGCGGAGGCCAAAAGAGGAAGCUGUCAGUGGGCAUCGCCAUUCUAGGAGAUCCCAAGAUCCUCCUCUUGGACGAGCCCACGGCAGGCAUGGACCCGUGCUCCAGACACCAGGUCUGGUCGCUGCUGAAGAGCCGCAGAGCCGGCAGAGUCACGGUCCUCAGCACACACUACAUGGAUGAGGCUGACAUUCUUGCUGAUCGCAAAGCUGUGAUCUCUCAGGGACAGCUGAAAUGUGUUGGCUCUUCCCUUUAUCUCAAGCUCAAGUGUGGUGUUGGAUAUCAUCUGAGAAUGUCUAUCAAUGAGGGAUGUGAAGCUGAAAAGAUCACGUCAAUGGUCAACCAGCAUGUUCCCAAGGCAAUAGUGUCUCGACAACAUGAAGCAGAGCUGACUUUCACUCUGCCUUUUGAGAGCAUGGACACAUUUCCAGGCCUUUUCUCAGAGCUCGACUGUCAACCUGAUCUGGGAAUUAUCAACUAUGGGGUUUCCAUGACAACACUGGAGGAUGUUUUUCUUCGUUUGGAGGCAGAGGCUGAAGUGGACCAAGCUGACUACAGUGUGUUUAAUCGGGAGCAGGCAGAGGAUGAAUGUGACAACGCCUCUCUGGACGAUACAGACCAGCGGCUGCUCACGUUCUCAGACAACAAGUCAGAUGUUGUGUCAGGUCAUGCUCUUUGGCGGCAGCAGUUCAGCACUGUGGCCUGGCUGCACAUGCUCAACAUGCGCAGAGAGAGAAAGGCCUUUGUUUACACUCUGGCCUUGUUCCUGGUGUUUGUCGCUGCAGUGCUCGUCCUGUCUCUGGCCACAGGAAACAUCCAGAUUCACUCACCAGACCGUCAGUUUCUGCCCAUUUACCUGCUUAAAAGGAACCAGGCGCCCCGGAGAUACUCCACUAGCCUCCUGGUUCAGAACUCCUCAGGCUCUGAUAUUUCGGACUUUAUCCACAACCUGGAGUCUCAGGACAUCAAAGUGGAAAUGAUGAGACACAGUGACUACAUGGCUGCAGCUCCCCACAGCGCCGCCAUCAACGUAACAGGAUCCAGCAAGGGUUUCAAAUACAGUGUUGCGUUCAACAGCACCACAGUCCACUCCUUGCCUAUGACUGUCAAUAUACUGAGCAACGCUCUUCUAAGAGGCCUGAAUGGUACUGGACAGAUCCGAACCUGGACCAAACCGUUUGAUUAUCAAAUCCCAGAUGCUACGUCGUAUGCUCUGGUGUACAUUGAGGCCAUCAUACUGGGAAUGCUGGCAGCUGGAAUGCCUGCAUAUUUCGCAAUGGACCACACUCGAGACCGAGAGAUCAAGUGUCGCUCUACACUGCGUAUCUCUGGUCUGGUACCAUCAGCCUACUGGUGUGGCCAGGCAGCGGUGGACAUCCCCUUCUACUACCUCAUCCUGUCCUGCAUGACUAUCAUCCUCUUCUCCUUCCACACUGGAAACCUGCUCACCUCCAGCAACCUCACCGCUGUGGUCCUGUGUACUGUUGGCUUCGGUCCAGCCAUGAUCCUCUUCACUUACGUGUUUUCUUUUGGCUUCGCCCGAGUCCAGAGCAACAGGGAUUUCUUCUCUGUCAUCUCCAUGAUGGUGUGUGUGGUAUCGGCCUCGCUGGUUCAGUUGUCAUUUGUGAACGACAACCCCGGACUGACCAGAAACCUGCACAAUGUCUUGUGUUUCUUCAACCCUUUGUACCCUCUCAUGGGCUGCCUCAACUGCAUCACCAAGGCAACCUUCCUCCCGUCUGUCUAUGAGGAGAACUUCUUGUGGAAGAACCUGCUCAUUGCGGUUGUUUCUCCCUAUCUCCAGUGCAUCCUGCUGCUAUUCCUGCUUCGUUGGCUGGAGAUCCAUUAUGGAGGGAGGACAAUGAAAAAUGAUCAAUUCUGCAGGAUCUCAUCCAAGUCAAAGCUCAAAGUGGAGAAGAACCCAGAAGAAGGGCUGAACGAGGACGAGGAUGUGCAGAUGGAGAAAGCCAGAGUGAAGGAGGCCCUAACCUGCCAGUCCUGCGAGGAGAAACCAGUCGUGGUUGUGAGUAACCUGAGGAAGCAAUACAAGGGCAGAAGAGAAGGUUUUUCUCUCAACAAGAGGAGGAAAGUGGCCACAAAGAACAUCUCUUUCUGUGUACGCAAAGGUGAGGUUCUUGGACUGUUGGGCCCCAAUGGAGCAGGAAAGAGCACCAUAAUGCAUAUGUUGUCAGGUGACACCGACCCCACUGCAGGCCAGGUGCUGAUGGGGGACUAUAGUACAGAGUUUCGUCCAGUGGACAAUCCUCUGGAGCAUGUGGGCUACUGUCCGCAGGUGAACCCUCUGUGGCCCAGGAUCACUCUGCAGGAGCACCUCGAGAUCUACGCUGCCAUCAAGGGGCUGAGAGGACAGGAAGUACCGGGGAUCAUCAGACGUGUGGUGAAUGCUCUGGAGCUGAGGGACCACUUGAACAAACAAGCCAAGAGCCUGUCAGCAGGACUCAAGAGGAAGUUGUGCUUUGCCUUGAGUAUGAUUGGGAAUCCUCAGAUCGUCUUACUAGAUGAACCGUCAUCUGGGAUGGACCCCAAGUCUAAACAGCGCAUGUGGAGAGCCAUACGGGCAGCUUUCAAGAAUCGUCAGCGGGGAGCCAUCCUCACCACACACUACAUGGAGGAGGCCGAGGCCGUGUGUGACCGCGUGGCCAUCAUGGUUUCCGGCCAGCUGCGAUGUAUCGGCUCUAUCCAGCAUUUAAAAGGGAAAUACGGUCGAGGCUACAGUUUGGAGGUGAAACUCAGAGAGGAGCUGACGGGGCUUCAGCAGGUGGCGCUGCUGCACAAAGAGAUCCUCCGAAUAUUCCCUCAUGCUGCCCGGCAGGAGAGCUUUGCUACUCUGAUGGUUUACAAGAUCCCCAUGGAGGAUGUGAAAUCACUGGCCAAGUCUUUCUCUCAGUUAGAGAGCGCCAAGCAAGCCUUCAACUUUGAAGAGUACAACUUCUCCCAGUCGACCUUAGAGCAGGUGUUUAUGGAGUUCGCCAAGGAGCAGGAGAAUGAGGAGGAUGAGGUGGGCUCCCUCAGCACGACUUUCCAGUGGCAGCGGCUGCGCCAGGACGGCCCCGUCUCAGUCAACCACACAGACAGCAUCGUGCACCAGCUUUGAACUCCGCCUCAGAGGGAGCAGGCUGGUGUCUGACCAGGACCGACCAAUCCAAUCCUGCCAGGCUUCAGUGCCUGAGGGCUCACGCCAGCACUCGCCCGCUCCACGCAAACCGACGCCCACCGCCUUGAAAUGAACGGCACAGACCUGGGUGGGGGCUCGCAUGCACGGGGACUGACUGUGUGUGUAUUUGGGCUCGGGGCUUUUACGGCUCCUUUCUGUGGGUCCGAGGUGUGCGUGUGUGUAACCCUCGUCCACUGGUGCUCCGUGUUUUCUGAAUCGCACUGACCGAAGGGCCUGCGGUCUUUCUCGACACGCUGAUGCGACACCUGCUCCUCUUUCUAAUGGUGUUUUUUAUCGUCACGGGGAGUCAGUAAAUGGAAAAAAUAUAUAUAAUAAUAACAUUUAUGCUUUGUAAUCCUCUCCAUCCGUUGUCCUCGGUGGGAGGCAUUACAGUAAGUGUGAUUGCUCGUCUCUUCGGAUGUUUUUGUCUGUUGUGUUUGUGAAACUGUUUUUAAGCACUACCAGAAAUGGGAUCCAUCCACAGUCGUACCAAAGCAGCACAUCUCUGAACCACGCACGACCACGCCUCCUCACACAUUGACACUGAGAAGUACCUUUGUUUUUUGGUGUCAGUAGCAUGUUCAUAGUUUGCAUAAUAGUUCUGGUAUUGAUGUGGGGCAGUGGAGUAAAUGCCUGUCGGCUAUCGCACUGGAGAAGAGAUGGUAUAGUCCUCCAGAGUCCUGAGACUUUUCCAGAGCCCCCUAAUCAACAAACAGCAAGUGUUUUUGUUUUUCUCUCUGAGGUUGAAGAACAGAGUACCUUCUCAUUCUACACCACAGCGCAUGUCCUAAUGUCCAGACCCACAUUGAAACUCUACAUUCUCCAGCACGGAGUGUUUCAGCAUGCACGCUCACGUGGAGGUUGGUUAUUUUUGAGGAUGAGGAUUGUGGCCUUCCUCUCUACAGGUUUAGCUUUGAACUAGAACCAUAGCGUGGGAAUGUAGUGUAGAAUAUGCACGUCGGUACAUGUAGCACACUGCCCUCGUCAGACACUAAGCAGGGCUGGUAACCUCAAACGUGGAGAGGCGAAGCUCGAGGUUGGGUUCAGAACCAGAUGGGGCUUGAAACGUUCUUCAUCUCUCAGCCAGUUUUUGUGAAGACUUUUGAUAAAGGAUUUUGAAUGUCUGUUUGGCUUCCGGUGAGAGAAGGGUUUGUAACUCAGCAGACGCUCUGUUGAGCUCCUGUCGUCACUCUUUUUCACUUUGGUGCCACUUUUAAUUACGCAGCUGUGUUAACGAUCUAGCCUGUUUGGUGUGCGUGUGUUUGUGCGUGUGUUUGUGUGCGUGUGUUUGUGUGUGUGUGCGUGUGUGUUUGUUAACUGUGCUAUAUAUACUGUGUCUAGCUGCAGCUAUUUCUGCAUUAUCUAGUCUUUGUACAAGCACAUGCGUUGUUGGUGCAAUACCUAUCAGUAAACCAAUAAAUUGUAAGUUUUUCAUGGCAUUCAGGUGAGAGGAUGAUACGGUUAAAGGGAAUUUAAGAGACUUUGUUGAAAGGAGUUGAGAAAUACGUGAUUUGUUGGGUGAUAUUUGUCUACCACUGCUGAAUCAGGAGCUUCCUCUGUAGAUCUUUUACUUGAGAGUACGAGCCUUACAGCCACUGGCUUUGGGGGUGGACAAAAUAACGAGAACGGCUGACAAUCGAAUGUGUCCCAGGGCAGAAACGACAAAACUCGACAAAAGCUCAACAGUAUAAGCUUCACGGAGGAAGUGUCUGUUGCAGCGCGAUCGUACUGGAUUUAAAUUAAACCGUCAAGUGUGUUUCUUUUGUCCCACCCCUGUAGGACACGGGGGUGUAAGGUCCUCCGUGGGGUUUUCCCUGAAGUUCGUCUACUUGUGAUAGAGCAGUCAUGGAGCAGAAGCUGGAAGUUUAUUUUGGGGACAACCCGUGUCUUUUUAUAGAUAUCUGACUAAAACAUCCAACAUGACUUUAUUUUCUGUCUCGGUUUCACAGAUAUGUUGUGGUGAUGGUUUUUCAUUCUUGCACAAGGUGUCAGGGGUAACGUUCAUGUGUUUAUGCAGUAGCCUCCGUUUAUCUGCUACAGGUUUUAUUUGCUGUUUUUUUUUUACCUGCCGUCAUCGUUCACCGAAGUUACGUAAGAGCAAGGAAUGAGUCUGAUGCGUAUUGACUUUCCAAACAUGCACUGCGGACAUCGGACCACAUUACGCACACGUCAGAUACACUUAACUUGAGAAAGGGAGUGGGAGUAAUGCUUGAGGUUCUGUCCAUGUACUGUUGGGCCUAUUAUGUCCUUUUUAAAUGAGAAAAUUAAACCCUGUCAACUUUG